AUGAGUAGUGACGGGAAUGAACGUCCCAAAAGGGAAAACCGGACAAUGAGAACGUAAAUAUUUUUAUAAAUUAAAUUUUAGUUUUAAAUAUUUAUUUAUGAACGUAUUAAAUUGUAGUUAUAGCUUAGAAGAAUAUAAGAAAAAUAAUUAUCCAUUUUUUUCAAAAAAUCGAAAGCUCAUAGAAAAACGUUUACACAUUAUUAAUCCUACGAUCAUAAAAUGUAUAGAAAUUACUAGGCACCAAGUUCCCAACACUCUUAUCAAUUCUGAAACAUAUAAGUAAUAUUUAUCUUUAGUAAUUAUUAUAACAGAGAGACCUAAUAUUGCAUUGCAACGUCAUAUUUUAGUUUCAACGAAUCUUCUCAAGAACUAAAUAAACUAAUGGUUAUCAUUGAAGAAGGCAUUCAAAAACAAAAUUUAGAUAUACUUAAUGAUUGGUAUACAAAUAUCGUAUCGAUAAUAACCAAUAAAGGAGAAAUAAAAAACGUAACACCAAAGGCACUUCCGGAGUUUAUUAAAUGUGUUACACGUAUGAUUAGCCUAGAAGUAUGUCUUCUAUAUAAAUAUUUUAAUUUAAAACAUUUUUCGUUUUCGUAUCUACUUCAAAAUUCUUUCUAAGUCGUGUCAUUUACGCGACUGAUUAUGUAAUAUUUUACAUAUCUUUAAUAUAUAUUUUUCGUUUUCUUAAGAUACAAAUAUAUAUUUUUAUUUUAAAUCCAAUAUGUAACUGUAAGUAAUGACGUUUUGUUUAUUCAUUUUUAGAUGAAAUAUAUGAUUUUUAGAUCUAUAGAUCAUAUGUUGAAUGUCUUGGGCGAUCCAGUGAAGGUACCUAAGAUCAGUUUUAAAUUACUUUUUGAGGGAACAAAACUUGUUUGCACACCAAGCGUGAAUGAGUUAUCAGAUAACUACUUUUCAAUUUUAAAAUUAGUGAGUAUUAUACGAUAGUUAUUUUAUUUGUUGUAUAUAAAUAUUUUAUAGCUAGAAAUACGUGAAACUAUGUCUAUAGUAUAGUCAAAUUCUAAUAAAUAAUCAGUGCCAGCCUUAGUGGAGGGGGGGGGAAAUAGAUCUGCCGCACUAAGCCCCGCAAAUUAAAUAUUUCGAUUUACAUUUUAUCUAUAAAUAAUUAUAAUAAUAUUGUCCUAAUAGUACGCAAAUCGCAACCCGUGUAGCCGUGUGAUUUUCUUAGGACAUGGGUUGUUAUCGAUGAAAAUCAAGAUGGUAUCAAUUAUACAUAGCUAAACACAUUGUUAUUGGCUUGAAAACACUCAAACAUAGUUUAUUAGCAUUAAAUAUAAUAUUGUCGAUUUUUUGAGCUACAAUGAGAAAAUUCACCUGUUCGCAUCAAAAAAGCACAAAAAAUGUUUAAGUUAUAAUAUAUAUUAUCAGUUGUAUUACAAUAAUGUAAGCGUCUUUUUUUGUUUAUAGUAAAAGUAUACUUUAUCGUGUUCGAUAAAAUAAAAAUAUUAAUUAAUAAAAUAUUGUUUGUACCUAAGUAGGAACCUACUCAUUGUGUGUCUAAUAUAAAAAUACAAAUUUUAUCUUUUUAGUUUAUAUAAUCUACAUAGGUACCUAUAAAUUUAGAUUUCUAAAAAGACCUUAAAGUUUGUUAGAAAAUUAAAUAAAUAAAUAUUUAUGGAGACUCGAAAAAUUCUGCACCAGACCCGGAAAUCUAUCGGGCCGACACUGCAACUAAUAAAUGUUAUUUAAUAACUAAAAACAUACGAUACCUAUAUUUAAUAUUGUGUUAAUCAACGAAUAAAAUAAUAUGGAAAAUUAGUAAUGUAUUAUUAUAAAUUUAUAUAGCUGAACGGUGCAGUUAGAGAACUACCUUCAUUGGAACACUACUUCCGUUUAAAAGAAAAUUCACAAUACAUUAAUAUUGAUCAUGAUGACAAAUAUUUGUAUACUAAACAAAGCAAACUGAUCGAAAACGUAAAUUUAAUAAAUAGAAGUUUGACGGAGUAUGUAAAAGAUAAAGGUUAGUAUAAUACGACUAUUAUAAUAUAAUGAUAUUAAUUAUCUAAUCGUUUGUAUGAUUUCCAGAAAAUGAAUUUAGUUAUAUAUUAACAUUAACACAAACUGAUGCAUUGUUCAAAUAUUUAGAAACAGAUCAUAAAUACGAGGAAUAUCUAGAAAUGUUAAAUGUGUUACUAAGUUAUAAAAUUAAGUCUACAAAACUAGUAGAUUGUCGGAAAUUUGAGCUAGGAAGGUUAGAAUUGUUAGGUGCACCUAUAAUAUUUAGUGGAAUAAAUGUUUAUAUUAUAUCGUUUAUUAUUAUUAUAGUAUUGAUCAGAUUGAGUUUAAAAAACAAAUCUUUGACCUGUCUAAAAGUUGUAUGGAUAAGAUCAUCGAAUACACUGUUAUCAAGCAAUUUGAUGACCAUGAAAUGUGAGUGACUUGUAAUAAUAUGAUUUUUUUAAACACAUGCAACUUCGUUGGGUAGCGUUUUUAGUGCACUCACAAUGUACGGGGACAGUUUUCAUAAUUUCACUUUACCGCCCAGUGUUGACUGUGCCAAAAUAAAUAAUAGACAAAUUAUCAUUUUAUGCUAUUACCUAGAUACCCAUACAGCACAGGGAUUACACUAUAAUGAUUAAUAACUUUUUUUUAUUACCAAAGUAACCCAUAAAUCAACAAAAAUAAUUAGAUUUUGUACUAAAAAUAUCUAAAAAUCAAAUUUGAGAGUAUGGUAUUUAAUAGGGGGUUAGAUUUCAAUAGAUAUAAACUUUCUCCAGAUAACGCGGAACAUUUUUCAAAAAACCGUGUAAAAAUCACUCCAGUAGUUUUCGAAUUUAUUAAUUUUAUAUAGAGAGACAGACAUCCACUUUUUGUAUAUUAUAUAUUAAGUAGAUUAGAUAUUAUUCAUUGCGAAACAUUUAAUUGUACAAUUUCCUCAGGGUAAACAACAAAUUUAACGAAUGUGUAAAACGAGCUUUUACUAUACCAAAAAAUACUGAAGAAUUCUUAGCUCUGGGUGAAUACAUGGCAUACGCCAGUAGCACGUUUUUUAUGGAAAUGCUUGCGACGGUUAAAUACUUGUCGGCAGUUGCAUGCGACAUAUCUCGAUAUGGUGUUCUACCUCAGAAAUUAUGGCAAAUGCUAGGAACUAGUAUCGAAUGGAUACAAAAUGUAUCGUUCGUUUUUUUAAAAUAUUCUACCAUAUAUGAAUCUGGACAGUUGGAUGCUGAAGAAAAGCUGCUCAAUAUGACCAUUAGAUUAAACCGCGAUUUAGAUACCUUUCCAACUACAUUCGAGUGUUUGGACUAUAUUGACGACAUUGACAAACUCGACGAAUAUAGAUUUGUAAUGUGGACAAUAUAUUUUGUUUCUGAUGCGUUGUAAUGUUUGGUUUAUUUAAACUAUUUGUUUCUUUGCAGUACAUUAAUACAUUUCGAAAACAAAUUGAAAAAUUUGAGAAGACCGUUGUUUGGAUUAACAAAGAAGAAAAGUUGUUCAAUAAAAAAAUUAGUGUAUUUAAGGAACUCGAUGAAAUUAAAGUAUAUUAAUACAUUUGCUUCGUAAAAUUAUUUUAUAAUUUUAUCUUAAUUAAUAUAGUAGUUGAAAUCCAACCAAAAGAGUUUUGUUAUAUCACAUUACGUAUAUCCAUACAGAUACAGGAUUCUUUAGAAUUUAAUAAUUCUUAGUGGCGUAAAAAAUAAACGUAAUAAACACUUUUUUCACUGGUUUUGUUUUAAACUUCUACGUAUCUAAAUUAUGUGCAACCCAGCAUUAUGUAUUCAUUAAAUAUUAUCCAAAACUAAAAAUAACCUAUAUCUAAUACACAAUUUGCUGUAAAAUUCUAUCAUACAACAAUGGAUCAUAUUAUUUUUUACCAAGAUAGUUAAGUAUAGUUAUUAAGUAUUUAAGUCCCUAACAGUAAUUUAUAAUAAUAAUAGUCAAUGUUUGUGUGUGUGGGUGUGUGCUUGUUAAUGUAUUGGUGAGGGUGAGGAGAUACAGGAACGCUACAAAAUUUGGAAAAUAAUUAUUUGAAAAGACACAAUUUGGAAAAAGCAAAACUCAAGAGGUGAGGUAGAAUCACAUUUUUCUGAAAUGUAUUUUGCUUUGAUAAAUAAUUGAUUAUGAUCAUCCAAUUUGCAAAUUUAAACCAUCCAAAAGUUAGGUCUAAGUACGCCAUUAUUCUAAUCAUAUAACAUACGAUGACAUAAAUCAUAUUCGACAAGAGUUUAAAUUUACAAUUAUUUUAACCAAUUAUAGGCAAUUUAAUUCUCCCUUUUUUUAAACUCUUAUCACUUAAAACUGUGAAAAUGAUGAUGAGGUAAUUUUUUGCCGGAAUUGCAAAAUAACGUUUAUACCUCUCUAAAAGAUUUUAUAAUUUUAAAUCUUUACGCAUUAUGUUUUCUACCAAAAAUAUUGCUCAAAUAAAAAAAUGACUAAAGACUUUUUUUGUUGAAUUUUGAAUCUCUUGAUGUGUAUAAAAUUCGUCUUUUUUAGUGUAGUUUUCUUAAUAGUUGUGCAACACCGGGAAAAAAGUAAAAAUAAAGGACAAGUUAACAGAAAUAAUGGUUCCAUUAUUUUUAAUUUUUUUUUUUUGUAAUUUAAUUCAAAAUAUAUUUUCUAGAUGUGGUAAAAUUUUGUGGAAAGUUGAGUGUAAUAAAUUUUUUGUGAUUCGUAGCGUAUAGUGAUAGUAUUUUUUACGAUUUCAUAAUUUUAAAUAAUUUAUUCAUUUUAAAUCAAAAAAUAGCCUCCUAAAAAAACCAUCUGUACAAUAUUUUCUUUCAGAGAUGGUGCCGCGCAUAAAUAUCGGAGCAAGAUUUCUGAUAGAAUUUUCGUACACAUGGGUUCACAUUUUGCCAUUUUUAUUUGAAAGCAUAAUUAUUUAUUUUCUCUAAUUUUUACUAUUUGUAGUUUAACAUUUAAAACAAGUCCCCAAAUGAAUAAAAGUCGUACAAAAAAGCCAUGGGUCACGUGGUGUGCCCACGGCACACUCGGAACACCCUGUGAGCACGCCUAUGUAUGUAUCCCUUUGCACGAAAUCCAAUUGAAAAAAAAACAUGAAUAUUGAUAGAGUUAUUAGCAUAAUGAUAACAUUAUAGGACAUUUACAUUACAAAUUCCAGCAGAUGGAGUUUUAGUUUAAAAACGUGAUUAACUUCUUUGGACCCGUUGACGAGAUGUUCCAUUUUGAAGUUUUAAGGAGGGGGAGAGUAAUAAGUCAUAAUUUGUGUGACAGCGCGGUCUUUCAAUAGAGCUCCACUAAUCUGUCCUCACUUAAUAAUAUAAAAUAUAAUGCUAAUAUGUCAACAUUUUGUGUUACAGGAUUUCACAACGCCGUUCUUCGAUCUAAUCGAAUUUUCAUAUCAUUGGCAAUUAAGAAAAAAUUGUGCUUGGAUGCGUGGUGAUUUUGACGUUCUUAGUUUACCUGAAAUUGAGCUUGAAUUCGAUGAAUUUUACAAGUAACUUUCUAAUAAAUAUUAAGUUAUAAAUUAUUAUGUUUGCUAACAACUAAAUAACUUUAAACUGCUUUAAAGGGAAGGGAUACAAAUUCAAAAAAAGUUGAAAGUUAAAUGUAAAGACAUGCUAGCUGGAGAAGAUAACCUUGUAUAUAAUGGUAUAGUUGAUGAUUUGAACCCAGAUCGUUGGCCAGCACCUUUGAAGAUAAUUCAGCAAACAAUAAAUAGCAUGAACGAAUUUAGGGUACUUAAACUUUUAUUUUAUAGAUUGUUAUAAAUAAUUAAUCUCUAGAAGAGUAAAAGAUUAUAAUGUGUUUUUUUUUUUAUAUAUAAAACGUAUAUUGGUUUAUUUUAGAAAUUCAUGCCAAUAAUCGGAACUUUGUGUAACCCAGCUUUGACUGCUAGACAUUGGGCAGAUAUGUCUGAACUAGUAGGAUUCGAUUUAACACCUAACGCCGGAACUACACUUACAAAAAUUAUCGAUUUACAAUUAGAUGAACAACUCCCUCUGUAAGUAAAGUAUUCAGUCAUCUACGACCAACAUAAAUGGUUUAGAGAGCCAUUAAGGUCCAACGUUGCUAGCAUAAACCUUUUUCCAUCCUUCUCUAUUGUAUAUCAUGUUUAUGUGCAUUCCUUUUUGUAAUGUUUUUAGGUCCUUCAUGAUAGAGUCCUUCCAUCUUAUUCUAAAUCAUUUCUGUUUCCAUUAUUUGUUUAAUAAUUUGGUCCCCUACCACCCAUUCGAUAGUCAUUCGAUUCUUUUACUUCUUGUUUAUGAGAAAAUAUUUGGUUUUAUCCAUUAGGAAUGAAUUUCAAACAAGUUUAAUUGAUAAAGAUUAUAUGUUUCCAAUCAAAAUAACGUAUCCAUCAAUCACUAUUUUUUGAUAGCCCAGUCAGUGGCCUAAUUACUAUUACUAAAUCGUACCACGAAAAUUUUCAAAAUAUAAAUGUUAUAACACAAAUAAAAUACAGUGGCGUGUUUGAGGGGAGGCGAUUCACCCAUUGCCACCCGAAUUUUUGGCUGUAAUUUUUCAGUCACAGCUUUAGGCUAUUGAAAAUGAAAUAGUAUAGUAUUUAUAACCGUGUUAUUUAUUAUUCCUUAAGUAUUUUUAUCAGCGUUACCAAAAAGUAGUGAUAAUGAUAUAACUAGUGCAAUUUUUUGUCUAUAAUACAUAUAGGGAUAUCGAUGUGGAUGUCCAAACAGUAGUCUCCAAAGAUUGGUUUAUAGGAGAAAAAAGAUUAAAAUUGGUGUAAAUAUUUUUGUGUAUAAUUGUUCGAUAUGAUUAUAUAAUGUAUAUUAUAUUAUGGCCGUUAUGGGUAAACGCCGAAAUCAUGCAAAUUUUAGAAAUGCCCAGAUAAAACGUGAAUGUCUACGAUUACGCCUAUAAAUAUAAAUUUUUCACAUUUAUGAAAUUUGUCCGAUUUUAGCUUUAGAUCUUAACAUAUUAUGUAUUAUAUAUACAUUUUUUUUUUUUUUUUGUUUAUGAUUAAUUAUAGUUUAUAACUAAUUUUUGUUUUUAUUGCCAAAGAGAGGAAUUAUAAAAAUAAAUAAAUGAUAACUAUUGCUUUUUUUGGGACGAGGAUACUCCUCGCGAUAUUUUAUGGUGUAAUUUACUAUACAGAAGUUCAAUCAUCGAUAAGACACUCAUUAACUUGAAAAUUAUUAACUAUUUCGAAUUUUUGUUUUUUUAAAAUUAAGAAACAAGCGCUUAAAUUUAAGUACUUAAAUGUUAAAUUACUGUUAUUUGUGGUUUUUUUUAUUUUUGGAGGCGUAACCACUACUCACUUUUAAUUUUCAAAUAGCAACUUAUAUAAAACAAAUACCAUAAAUACAUGAAGUUUUAGUUCAAAUACAUUUUAAUCUUGGAAUUUUAAAUUAAAUAUAAAUAUUACAUUUUCACUUAUGCAGGCGGAAUUCAAUCUGCUCAUAAAACAUUUCUAAUUCCUGGGGUUAUGCUCAUAUGGUCUCGAGGGUGUCAUUAAAAGUAUUCAAAAGAAGCGGGUAAAAAUAAUAUUAUACAGUAUAAUACAGCAUAGUGUUAGGCAUAAUAUAGUGCAAUAGUAUCUAUUUCGGGAAAAUUUGACCUAAAAUAAUUAUCUAUAAUUUAAGUUGAAAUUAGAAAAUAAUUAUUUAUAGUUUUGAAGCCAUUAGUUUUGGUGCGACAAAGGAAAAACAAAUCCAACAGAUAUUAAUUAAUAUGAAAAAUGAUUGGGAAACGGUAAAAUUAUCGACCAGCCCUUACAAGUAUGAUUAAUAAAACAUUAUUUAAAUCAUUUUGCUUAAUUGAAUAUACAUUUUUUUUUUUUUAAGGAACACAGGUUUGAAUAUUCUUUCAGGUUUGGACGAUAUACAAGCAAUACUUGAUGAUCAUAUGAUUAAAACAAUAUCGAUUCGUGGAUCAGCGUUUGUUAAGCCUGUAGAAGCUGAAGUAAAAGAGUGGUUUGAAUUGGUGAAUCGUAUGAAUAAAACCCUCGAAGAGUGGUUAAAUGUGCAGAUACAGUGGCUUUAUCUUAUGCCAAUAUUCAGUUCAAAAGAUAUAGUCUCACAAAUGCCUGAAGAAGGGGCUUUGUUUAAUGUAAAUCAUAGGUAAAAAUAACAAAGUGACGUUACUUACUAAACUUAUCUCUAAUUUUCAGACAAUUAAUGGCACCAUCAAAGGAUUAUUGAGUAUGGUAGAUUUGGAUCCGUUAGCAAUUAAAUGCUUAGGCCAAGAUGGCGUUUUAGAUUCAUUGAUUGAAUGUAGCAAAAUGAUGGAAAAUAUUAACGCGGGAGUUAAUAAUUAUUUGGAAAAAAAGCGUUUAUUCUUUGCCAGGUGAAAACAAAUAUACACAUAUAAUAUUGAUCUAUACACUUAUAUAAUUAUAAUGAAACAAUACUUUAAACAAUUUUAGAUUUUUCUUUCUUUCAAAUGAUGAAAUGUUAGAAAUUUUAUCAGAAACUAAAGACCCCAAAAGAGUUCAACCUCAUCUGAGAAAAUGUUUUGAAGGAAUUUCCAAGCUCGAGUUUAAUAAUAAUUUAGAUAUAUUAAAAAUGUGUAGUGCCGAAGGUGAACAAAUUACUCUAGAACAAUAUAUUUCGACUGUACAAGCCAAAGGAAGCGUAGAAAAAUGGUUAUUACAGGUAAACUAUUGAGGAAAUAUUAUGAUUAGAAUAUUUGAAUUGAUAUAACUAUUUUUUCAUAAUUUUUCAUAGUUAGAAGAACAAAUGGUUAUAUCUAUAAGAAAAAGUAUCGAAAAUAGUUUUAAUGAAUAUCAGGAAAUAAAACGAAAUUUGUGGGUACAAAAAUGGCCAGGUCAAAGUGUUUUGUGUGUUAGCCAAAUAUUUUGGACUUCUGAAGUUCAUCAUGUAUUUGUGACAACUGGACAAAUGCGAAGUUACCAUACAUUUUUGACUGUAUAUUUCUGUGAACUUAUUAUACUUUGUCCAUAUUUUUUGUACAAUUUAAAUUAUUUCAGAACCAAUUGAAUGAUAUUGUUGAUUUAGUACGUGGUAAAUUGAAUAAACAAACAAGGAUUACCUUGGGUGCUUUGGUUACGUUAGAUGUUCAUAGCAGAGACGUUGUUGAUGAAUUAGCAAUUAACAAUGUUUCAUAUGCUAUGGACUUCAAAUGGCUUAGUCAGUUACGGUAAUUUUAAUAAUUAUUAACAUAACGUCUUUAAUUUAUUGGUUUUAUUUUUUCUUAAAUUCCUUAGAUAUUAUUGGGAAAAUGAUACAAUGGUUCGUAUUACAAAUAGCACGAUCAAUUAUGCAUACGAAUACCUAGGAAACACGCCUAGGCUUGUCAUUACUCCUUUGACAGAUAGGUGUUAUCGAACAUUGAUUAGUGCCUAUAGUUUAAAUUUAAACGGUGCUCCUGAAGGACCAGCCGGUACUGGUAAAACAGAAACAACAAAGGAUUUGGCAAAAGCUUUGGCUGUACAGUGUGUUGUUUUCAAUUGUUCAGAUAGUCUUGACUACUUAGCGAUGGGGAAGGUUCGUUUAAUGAAUCUUUUUACUCAAUGUAAUAAAUAGGUAAUCGUACAUUUGAAUUUGUAGUUUUUUAAAGGAUUAGCUUCUGCUGGAUCUUGGGCAUGUUUUGACGAAUUUAACCGUAUUGAUAUUGAAGUAUUAUCAGUGGUGGCGCAACAGAUUCUAUCUAUAGUCCAAGCAGUGAGAUCCAAAGUUGAUACUUUCAUAUUUGAUGGUACAGAACUCAAGUUGAACCCAAGGUGUUAUGUUUGCAUUACAAUGAACCCAGGGUACGCUGGCAGAUCCGAACUCCCUGACAAUUUGAAGGUUAUAUAUAAUAAAUCAAAACAAAAUCAGAAAUUAAAUGAAACUAUAUAGUGCACUUAAUGGUUCUCGAAAAAAAAAAAAAAUCGAUUGUGAAUUGUUACUAUUGUGCACUCAAAGUGGAUAAAUGAGUCAUUCAAUAAAUUUAAUUAUUGUAAUUGGAUACGCCACUUUGAAUACAGCCAAUAAAAGCAUCUUAUUUAUGAUUUUAUUGUUCUAAGACCGAGUAACUGUAUGGUUUUAUUUAAUCUAUGACAUGACAUUUUAUAUUUAUAUUUAUUUAUUUAUUUAUAAUUACUAGGUUUUAUUUAGAACCGUAGCUAUGAUGGUACCGGAUUAUGCUUUAAUUGGAGAAAUAUCAUUAUAUUCCUAUGGUUUUGUAAACGCAAGAGAGUUAUCAGUGAAGAUUGUUACCACCUAUAAACUGUGCUCAGAACAAUUGUCAUCUCAAUCACAUUAUGAUUAUGGUUAGAUAAUUGUUAAGGCAACUAUUUAAGGUCAGUUAAGGACUAUACAUAAUAUUUGUUGUAUUCAUUUAGGUAUGCGAGCUGUAAAAUCUGUUUUAAUAGCAGCUGGAAAUUUAAAGAUGAAAUUUCCUAAUGAUAAUGAGUCAGAAUUAUUGCUUAGGUCCAUUUUAGACGUAAAUUCCGCAAAAUUUUUACGUAAAGAUGUUCAAUUAUUUAAUGGAAUAAUUUCUGAUCUAUUUCCUGGCGUCAAAUUACCUAAUCCAAAUUAUGAUAAUUUAAUUAAAGCUGCAAAAAUCGUAAGUAAACAAUGACUGAAUUACAGUGUUUUAGGAUAAAUUGUAUUUUAAUAUAAUGCUAUAGACGUGUACGAAGAUGAACUUACAACCAACAAACUCUUUCCUUGAAAAACUUAUUCAAACCUAUGAAAUGAUGGUCGUUAGACAUGGUUUUAUGAUAGUUGGAAAUCCAUUAGGAGGAAAGACUUCAUUGCUUCAUUCCCUCGCAGAGACUUUAAGCCUACAAAAUAAACUUGGACAAAGCGAAGAAAAAGUUUUAUAUGAAACAAUUAAUCCUAAGGCAAUGACUAUGGGUCAACUUUAUGGGUGUUUCGAUGAUGUUUCACAUGAAUGGUCUGACGGAAUAAUAGCUAAUACUUUUAGGUAAAUAAAUAUUUAUGAACUCACAUAAUAUGUAUAUGUGCGAUAGGUACAUAAACUUAAAGAUUUCUCUAGUCUUAAAAAAAGUGUGAUCAUCGAAGGUAUUAAUUAUGUGAUAAUGCACCACUUUACACUUCUAGUGAUCGUAAAGUAUAUUCAUAAAGUUUUGUAUGCAAAUUUUUAUAUGCAAAGCACUAAUAUCAGAUUUACAGUUUAUGAGUUAUAAAAGUUUAAAGUUUAGACCAGAGGAGUAGAAAAGGGUGAUAGAUAGGUAAUUUAUUGCCCUUCCCUUUGAUAAAACGAUUCUGAGUGAAGUUCAAUUAACAGUGAUGUUUUGGCCACAGUAUAUUUGUCAUUUUAUAGUAAAAUAAUGAAAUAGGCUUCAUAUAUUUCUUUUUUAAUAAAAUUUGUUUAAUCUUGUACCGGUUUUCCCAGUUUUCGUACGUUUUUUCCGGUUUUCCUAUGUUUCAUCCCGGUUUUUGACAUUUGCUGAGAAAAUGGAAAAAUGAUCUCUUUAAAGUACCUCCCCCACACUGAUUUACUUUCAGAAAAGAUGCUACACUUAGAAAUCCGGGCAAGUUUUCUGGUAGGAAAGUUGUUCACAGAUAAAAAAUAAAAUAAACAUCUUUGUAAAACCAUAAGCUUCUUGUUUCAACUCAGGUUCUAAAAUCAAAAUUAUAAAGUUUAUUACCUAGAGUUAACAUCCGAUUAAUCGGUGCCAAUAGACAAUUAUUAAAAUUGUAAGUAGGUACUUAAAAUGUUGGAGUUUUCCGAAUGGAAAUGUUCUCUGGGUGGUACUUUAAAGAGGACAUUUUUUUAAAUUAUCGUUAAUAUUCAAGUUAAUGAAAAAAACCUGGUUCUUUAUGUUAAAAAAUACUAAAAGAUUAAAAAUAAGGUUGUCAUUGGCAACCAUUUUUAUUUAUAUUUUGCUAUUAUUAAUUUUUUAUUAUUUUAAUCUUUUUCCAAAUGUUGUCAUGGUAACGCACGUUUUUGAAAAAUAAUAGUAUAGACCGAGUUAUAUUAAAUAUAUUAAGCUAUAAAAAAACUUAGUUCAGAAUCGUUUUUUCAUUAGGAAUGGUUUAUCGAUGCUUACAGAUUAACAUUAAAUUCCUUUCUGUAUCUUACCUUCCCUACUUCUCACCUACAACAGUGGAUGUUGUACUAUGUGCACCAUGUCGCACCCAUGUGCGAAGUAGUCCCGUUAUUUUUUUAUCGUGAUUUUUUCUAUAUCAUUAUUCUCAUAGUACACUUAUCCUUAGUUACUAGUCGUCCAUUUAAUUAUUUAGAACAAUUUUGGAAUAGAAAUUGGUCAUAUUAUUAUUUGUUGGCACCACUCAUUCAGUUCAGUCUUCAGUCAGAUCAGUUAAUUAGACUUAACAUAAAUUUUAUUACGAUCUGGUGUUAUAAAAAAUCUAUAGUAAGAAAAUAGUAUAAUAUAAUACUUAUCAUUAUUUUAUGAAUCCCAAUUUUAAUACAUACAUUUAUUUCCUUGUAACGUUUAUAAAACAUAAUAUAUAUAAAUUUAAAUAUCAGAAUUUAUUUUAAUGCAAUAAUUUGCAUUACAUAUAUUAUUCUUUGUAGUUUUAUUUUAUAUUUUUAUUUGAUUUAUAGGCAAUUUUCAAUGGCAGACACUCCAGAUAGAAAAUGGUUAAUAUUUGAUGGUCCGGUGGAUGCAGUUUGGAUAGAAAACAUGAAUACGGUGUUAGAUGAUAAUAAAAAGUUGUGUUUAAGUUCUGGUGAAGUAAUUAGUAUGCCAGAUUGUUUAUCUAUGAUAUUCGAAGUUAUGGACCUUACUCAAGUAUAAAUAUUAGUCAUUUGUUUGGUAAUGUCAUCAAAUAAUAUGCAAACAUUUAGGCUUCUCCCGCUACUGUGUCUCGUUGUGGUAUGAUUUAUUUGGAUCCUGACGAUUUGGGUUGGAGACCAUUAAUUGAAAUUUGGAUAAAAAAUUGUCCCGAGUUUUGGAGUUUAAAUCAAAACGGGAUUGAUAUAAUGUGUUUAUUUGACUGGUUAACUCCUCCAUGUUUGUAUUUUGUACGCCGUAAUUGUGUUCAGUUGGUCAACGCAGGAAGCACAAAUAUGGUUUUGUAAGUUAAUUUAUAAACAAUUUUUUUAUAAUUUUAAAUUCUUAGUGGAGUGAAGAAGUUUAUGGUUUUUCAAAGAUUUUUUUUUUUUUUUUAUCUGUGAGCAGUUUUUCUACUAGAAAACUUGCCCAGAUUUCUAAGUGUAGCAUUUUUUCUGAAAGGAAAUCGGUGUGGAGGAGGUAUUUUAAAAAGGUCACUUUUCGAUUUUUUCAAGAGUUAUUCCAGCAAAUAUGAAAAACCGGGAUAAAACAUGGGAAAACCGGAAAAAACGUAGGGAAACUGGGAAAACCGGUACAACAUAAAACAAAUAUUAUUAAAAAAUAUAUAUAUAAAGUUUAUUUAAUUAUUCUACUAUAAAAUGAUAUAUAUAUAUAUAGUUGACUAAGCAUCACUAUCAUCUGAACUCAGCUUAGUAUCGUUUUUUCGUAAGUAACGGUUUAUAGUUGCUUACUAAGGUAUACAUUAAAUUAUUUGUAACAGUGGCUGCACUGUUACAAAACAUCUCCAUUAUCCUAGGACAUCUUUUUUAAAAACUCUAAACUAUAAAUUUUAAAACUAUAAUUUUUGACAAUUUUUCAGGAAUGUUUUGAAUAUAUUAGAAUUGCAGUUGAAGAUCGCAACACAAAACGUUAAUCAAAAUUUAAGUUCAGUUUUUACAAAUUAUUUACAAGGAUCUUUUGUAUAUGCUUCAAUUUGGGGUUUUGGUGGAACAUUGGAUUCUAAUUCACGACUAGCAUUUGAUCUUUAUUUUAAAGAACUAUGGAAAGGUGAAAUUCCUGGUUUGGAACCACCUGAAGAGUUAAGUCCAUUAAACAUUAUUUUACCUGUCGAAGGAUUAUUGUACGAUUAUAUAUAUAAUUGCACAUCAAAAGGAUCCUGGAAACAUUUAGGGGAAAUUGUAAAAAAUACAAAUCUUGAAGAAAUGAGCAACAUUGAACAAACUUUAGUACAUACUCUCGACACUGUUAGGUAAAUAAUGAAUUAGUAAUAUCAAUACGGAAUGUUACUCUUUUAAAUUUUGUUAUUGACAGGUAUACGUAUUUAAUUAAUAUGUUUAUCACUAAUUGCAAACCAUUAUUACUUUUUGGUGCUACGGGUACCGGAAAAAGUUUUUACAUAAAAAAUUAUAUGGUGAAUAAAUUGUCUUUGGAUGAAUUUGUCCCGACUUUUAUUACGUUUACAAUUCAGACAUCGGCCAAUUUUACACAAGAAAUAAUUAUAUCCAAACUUAUAAAACGUAAACGUGGUGUAUAUGGUCCACCGUUGGGAAAGAUUUGUGUAAUUUUUGUUGAUGACAUGAAUAUGCCCAUUAAAGAACAAUAUGGGGCACAACCUCCUAUUGAAUUAUUAAGACAAUUGUUUGACCAUGGUCACUGGUAUGACUUGAAAGAUACUUCAAAAGUUUAUCUUAAAGAUAUUCUAGUGUUAACUGCUAUUGGUCCACCUGGUGGAAGUAGACAAGAUGUAUAUGCAAGGUUUUUGCGACAUUUUGGAUUGUUUGCUAUAAAUUCAUUUGACGAUGAAAGUAUUACAAAGAUUUAUUCAACUUUACUUCAAAUUGGAUUGAGAGUAAGUUAUAUGAAUUACAUUUUUUUUUUGUUUUUUAUGAUCAUUAAUUAAUUUUUAGAGGAACGGUUUUACAUUAGAAGUGAUUCCAAUUAUCGAUAAUAUAAUUCGAUCAACAAUUGAUUUGUACAGGUCAACUAUUUCUAAUUUAGCUCCAACUCCUUCAAAAUCUCAUUAUUUAUUUAACUUAAGAGACAUUUCAAAAGUGACAAAUGGAAUACUUAUGUUCCGUAAAGAAAGUUUCACUAGUCGUCAUGAUUUUGUGAAGUAUGCAUGUAUUUAAAUACUUAAAAUUAAAACAAAAAUUAUAUAUAUAUUUAAUUUUUUGGUACAGACUAUGGGUACAUGAAGUUAUGAGAGUAUUUUACGAUCGCCUAAUUGAUGACAAUGAUAGAAAAUGGUUAUUCAAUGAAAUUCGUACACUCGUAGGUAAAAAUUUUCUCGAAAAGUUUGAUGUAGUCUUUGAAAAGUUGUCGAAUUCAACCGUAUGUAAUUAAAUAUUUCUUACACAUUUUGUAUACAAUUAAUAUAAAAUUGCAAUUUUUAGAAUAUAAUUCUCCAAGACAUGACAAAUCUCAUAUUUACCAAUGCUUUGGACGUUGAUUCUGAGUCCACGGAAGAAAAAAAAUAUGAAGAACCACCAUCAAUAUCAAGUUUUAAAGAAAUAGCUCAAAAGGUGUUGGAUGAAUAUGAUGCAACACACAAGUCAAAACUGAAAAUAGUUUUGUUUAAGUAAUAAUCAACUUAAAUUAUUUUGUCAACCCGAAAUCAUGUAUUUAUUUUAAUUUUAAUUGCAUAGAUACGCUCUUGAGCAUCUUUCGAGGAUUUGUAGAAUUUUAGCAAUACCUGGAGGAUGUGCAUUGCUAGUUGGCGUAGGAGGCUCUGGUCGUCAAUCUCUCACUCGGUUAGCAGGAUCUAUCUGUGGUUUUAAUGUUUUUCAACCAGAGAUAUCUAAAAAUUACGGAUUAAAUGAAUGGAGAGAUGAUUUGAAAACAAUAUUAAGAGAAUCUGGAGGACAGAAUCGUUCAACCGUAUUUUUAUUUGCUGAAGGACAAAUAAAAGAAGAAUACUUUUUACAAGAUAUUGAUGCUCUGUUAAAUUCUGGAGAGGUGCCAAAUCUUUAUACUAUGGAUGAACAACAGGCUAUAUUAGAUGUAAAUAUUGUUGUCAUAUAAAUUAUUAUUUUAUAGGUUCUCGUUAUAAAAAGUUCACAUUUGUAUUUAAUGUUACUUGGAUCUAGAUGGUUAGAACAGCUGCUCAAGGAGGCAAUACAAAUUUGGAUAUUUCUCCAUUGGCUGUUUUUAAUUAUUUUAUCAGUCGUUGCAAACAAAAUUUACAUGUAUGUUUGUGCUUUAGUCCAAUUGGCUCAACUUUUAGAAACCGCCUGAGAUUGUAUCCGUCUAUGGUUAGUUGUUGUACAAUUGACUGGUUUGAGGAUUGGCCAGAAGAUGCCUUAGAAAUGGUUGCACAUAAGUUUUUAGAAGGCGUGAAUCUUACUGAGGACAUUAAAAACUCUGCAGUCAUAGCUUGUCAAACAUUUCACACUGAUGCUAGGUAAGCAUUGUUAGUAAUAAAUAGUAUUCAUUUUUAAUUACUCUGUUUUAGGAGACUGUCUACGGAAUUUUAUGCUGCGACCCAGCGCAAUACAUAUAUCACAUCAGCGUCAUAUUUGGAUUUGAUUAAAGCCUAUACAGAUUGUACAAACCUCAAGCAAAAAGAAAUUAUGGAUAAAAAACUGCGUUAUGUUGGUGGCUUACGAGAACUCGAAUUUGCUACUCUGCAAGUUAACCAAAUGAAAGAAGAUUUAUUUAAACUUGGACCACAGCUUCAAAAAGCCCAAAAAGAAACCGAUGCGAUGAUGAAAAUGAUAUCUCACGAGACGGUUGAAGUAGAAAAGGUUACUGCUAAAGUUCAAGAAGAUGAAAAAGUAGCGAACGUUAUUGCUGAGGCAGCUAAUGAAUUAAAAAUAGAAUGUGAAGCUGAUUUAGCUUUGGCUAUACCUGUUUUAGAAGGUAAUAAUUUUAACAUGGUUUUUAUGGUUAAAUACAGGUUGAUAUGGAAAAAAGUGAGUCUUGAAGAAUGUGUAUUUGCCUUUUAUCUGUAGUGUUUCCCGAACAAAUUUAAUGCCCGUUUUUUUUUUGCCUAUUUAAAAGUAGAAUUUUUAAAAAUCGUUUAAAAACAGAAAUCAAUUAAUGAAAUUCAAUUUUAUGUGUUUCUCCCCAUCUAUGUCGGCAUCAUAGUUCACUGAGUUAACCCUUGGAUCGCGUGGACCGUGCUUUUAUUGUCCAACAUAGCUAUUUUAUAAAUUAAUUUUUAAAAAAAAUUGUUGGUGUUAAAAUCUAUAAAUUAGGUUAAAUCAUUAAUUUUUAAAUAAUUUUUAGAGUUUGUUGAAAUUAAAAUAUAUUUUUAUUACAAAUCAAACUAACGAUAAAUUGUAUUUGAUUAACGAUAAAUGAUAAGCGUAUAUCAAACUCACAGGUUAAAUUAAUAUGAUAAGAAUAUUAACAAACCGUACAAUAUUUCACGGAAAAAUCAAAUUAAUCAUUUGAAAAUUAAGGCACGUAAAAAAUUUAAUAUUUCACAAAUAUUUAAAAAUUGUAUACAAAUAAUUGACCCGAUCUGCUUAAAAGUGUUUGACACCAAUUUAUUUCUAAAAAUCGUAUUUACAAAAUAGCUAUCGAUUUUUAUUUUAAAUUUUAAAUACAAUUUUUGGUUUUUAUUUCAAAUUUCUAAACAUUAAAAUUUGACAAAAAAAUAUUUGAAUUUUAGGGUCAAAAUUUUGUAAUAAUUUUUUUAAAAAAAACUUAAAAAUAUUUUAUAUAAAAAGGUUAUUCCAUUUGUUAAAUAGUCCUGCAUUACUCUAUAUACUAACCAGAGUAAACAACUGAAAAGAUCAUAAAAAAAUGUUUAAUGGUUUAACAAAAAAAAAAAAAAACAUCUGUGAGCAGUGGAGCUCCAUUAUUAGAAUUAUGAUUGAAUUUCCUCCCCUUUUAUUACGUAUUACAAACAAAUUGUGUGCAAAACUAUAAAUAACCGAAUAUUAUAAUAAAACAGUACUUUACUAUAAUACUAUACUUCUUUCAAAAAAAAAUGGUGAAAUUUGACCAUUGUGAUGGUAGGGCGUAGAUUGGUUGAAAAUUGAAACUUCCAAAAGGACUAUCUUAGAUAUUAACUUCAUGCUUACAUUUAUUUGGAUAGGGAGGUCUUUAGGAGUGUUUAAAGAUAAAAAAAAAUUGGAAAUUUAACCUAGAUAUAAAACAACUGGAAUUCUCGAGUUUGAGCUUUUAUGGUCUAAUUGAAACUGCUAAAAAUGGCUAAAAGUAUUGAUAUAAGAUAUCUAUCAGCCAGUGGUAAAACUUCUCAUGGUUUUUGAAGCUGAAAAGAAAAAGAAGUUAAUUUAAAUUAAUUAAUUAUUAUAAUAAUGUAAAAUGUUCUUAUUAUUAAAAAUUAGUAUGUACUUACACGUUUAUUAUAAGAUAUUUGAUAAUAUGUUAGCCUACUACACAAAAAAAAAAAACUUCAUUAUACUCACAAACAUCUUCUAUAAUAACAAUAAUCGCAUAAUUAAUUUUACAAUCAGAUCUAAAAAUUAUUUCAAUAUUAAUAACAGGUAAAUGUAUGUACAUUUUUAGAGGCAAUAAAUGCAUUGAAUACUCUCAAACAAGAUGAUAUUAGGUUAGUAAAAGCUAUGCAAAAUCCCCCCGAAGGAGUAAAAACUGUAAUGUCAGCAGUUUGCGUGAUGAUAAGUAUGCCACCAGACAGAAUACCCGAUCCUGAUAAACCAGGAAAAUUUGUAAUGCAUCAAUUAAUUUAUUACAUUCACUUAUGCUAAAUAUAAUAAUUAAUUUUCAAUUUUUAGAAAUUUGAUUUUUGGGGCCCAAGUAAACGUUUAUUAGGCGAUAUUAAUUUUUUGCAAAAAUUAAAAGAUUACGACAAAGAUAAUAUCCCUGUUCAUAUUAUGGCUGAAAUUCGAAAAACAUACAUCCCGGAUCCAAAUUUUAAACCAUCAAUUAUAGCCAAAGCAUCCAGCGCUGCAAAAGGUCUAUGCCAAUGGAUUAUCGCAUUGAAUAUGUAUGAUGAAGUAGUUAAAGUUGUGGCGCCAAAAAAAGCAAAAUUGGAUAUAGCUAAUGCAGAAUAUGAAGCAAAUAUGCUGAUAUUAGAAGAAAAAAGGAAACAAGUUAAAGAACUACAAGAAAGAUUAGAAUCUUUAAAAAUAAGUCUAGAAGAAACACUUUUAAAUAAAGAAAAAUUAAGUGCAGAAGUAGCAUUAUGUGAAAAAAAAUUACUGAAAGCUGAAAAACUCAUCGGUUAGUGGAUAUUACCUAAACGUGUAUUUAUUUGACAAGACAUAACAUAUUGACCUCAUUUAAAAAUUUUUAGGAAGUCUUGGUGGCGAAAAACAUCGUUGGGCUCAACAGGCUACGGAGCUUCAAGACUCUUAUGAUUGUAUACCUGGUGAUAUUCUUAUAUCCUGUGGAAUUAUUGCGUAUUUGGCUCCGUUUACAUCACAAUUCAGGUAUUAAUAACAAAUAAAUUAUUAUUAUACUUGUUUAAAGAAUAAGGUUGUAAAAUAUAAUCCAGACAUUUUUUAGAUAAAUAGUACAAAAUUAUUAAUAUUUGAACACCCUUUCUUUUAACCUUUAUCACCAAUUUCGCUUGAACAUUUAUUUUCCCUUUAUCAAUAGCCAUUAUAUGUUUAUUUCCUAUACUUACUGGCGAUGGCGUAGCCAGGAUUUUUUUUUGAGGGGUGUUUUUUUGUGUUUAGAUGUAACUUUGUAACCUUUUUGUGAGAAUGUAACAAACAUAACAUAUACUUAAUAGUUAUCAAUACGUAACACAACUUGUAGAAGUCUGAUGCAUAGCUGCAUAUUAAUAGAGUAAAAAUUUUAAUUGUUGGUAUAAAUAUAGUCAAAGGGGGUGGAGAUGUUUAAACACUUAAACACUCCCUUCGCAAUGCUACUGCGUACUAGUAGUAUUGAAUUUUGAAUAACUCAUAGUUAUUGAACCAUUAUUCACGACUGGUCAUUUAAUUUUAUUCCAUGUAAUAUUUUUUGAAUCACAGAUUUCAACACCGGUUGACUUUUUUCCAACUAAGACUUUUCCUGAGUUUAGCUAGCUCAGUUUUCUUUAAUUUUUUUAAUAUUUUGUAAUUACCUUUCCGAUAUCCUGGUUUUCUACAGUAAUUGCAUUUAUUCAGUUUAUUGUCCUCUUUGUGAUAUCCAUUUUUUAAGUGUAACCACAUUUUUUUGUAACCAUUUUUCCUACGUUUUAACCCGGUUUUCCGUGUUUUUCCAAAUUUGUCCUUGCUUUUUCCCAAUUUUUCUAAUUUAUUGAGAAAAAUCAAAAAAUUUAAAAAAAUGAUUUCCCUUAAGUACCACCUCAGGAAAAUUCCCUUUCAAAAUAAGUGUUAUACUUGAUAUUUCGGAGCAAGAUUGAUGCUAGUAGAAACGUUGUCCAAAGAAAAAAAAAACAAUAAAAAAAAAAAUACUCCUCUCUUUACUUACAAUCUAAAAUACCUCAAUGUUUGUGUAAUAGGCCUAUCACCUAAUACAUGUAAGAGGUUAAAAGUAAUCCAGACAAUUUGUAGAUAAAACAAUAAACUAUUGCAAUAUAAUGAUUACGAUAUAUCUAUUUGUAUAAAAUAGAUAUUAGAUAUUAUGAAUGUAAAACCAACGCAACUCGGCAUAGCUCAACUAAAAUCACCUAAAUUAUGAGCUGCUACGUCCUUGAUUGGAAUGUGUCAUAUCAAAAUACUGCAUUUUCUUUAUAUAAUACGUUUAACUAUAUAUCUCACCUUCAGUAAGACAAUAUUACUUAUAUGUGUAUAUGUGUAUAUUUUACAAUGUGAUGUCUGAAUCACAAUUUAAUUUUUCAACAAUACUGGUAAUUUUACUUUUAUAGAUCCUCAACAGUUAAUGAAUGGAAAACAUUAUGCAAUAAUUUAAAGAUUCCAAGUUCGCAUAAUUACAGUUUGAUAGAUGUUUUGGGAGAACCUGUUAAAAUUCAAAAUUGGACCAUUAAUGGGUUACCCAUGGAUGCAUUUUCAAUCGAAAACGCAAUCAUUAUGGAUGGGUCUCAAAGAUGGUCUUUACUAAUCGAUCCUCAAGGGCAAGCUCACAAAUGGAUUAAGACAAUGGAAAAAUCAAACGACAUUUCUAUAGUAAAGAUGACUAGUCAAAAUUAUAUGAAAUAUCUCGAAGUAUGUAUUGAACUUGGGAAACCAGUAUUAAUUGAGAAUGUAUUAGAAAAUUUGGAUGCACCUUUAGACCCUAUACUAUUGAAGCUAUUUUAUAAACAAGGUAAUUGACUAUACUUGAUGUAAUCUCAAUAAAAUAAAAUAAUUAUCACUUGUAAAAAAAUUGUUUGACUGUUUGAAGUUCAUUUUGUGUGAGUCAAAAGUUAAAUUUGUAUUCAAUUAAAUUUUUUUCUGUAUUUCAGGGAAGUUUCUAUUUAUAGGACUUGGAGACAACGUUAUUGAAUACAACACGAGUUUUCGAUUGUACAUUACAUCAAAGCUUAGAAAUCCACAUUAUUUACCGGAAAUUUUUAACAAAGUUACUAUAAUAAAUUUCGCAUUGACAGUAGAAGGCCUGAAUGAUCAAUUGUUGGGAAUAGUUGUGGCUAAAGAACGGUAAAUAUGUUAAUAAAAAUGAAGUUAUAUUAAAAAUUUUAUUCUUAUUAAAUUUUUUUAGAUUCUAAGUAAAAUAAUACAAAUAAUACCAUAAUAGUUGUUUAGAUUCUGAGCGUAGCAAGGGAUCUAUUGAUUUUUUUUGUGUCUUUGAACAACUUUUCUAUCAGAUAUUUUGCUCCAAUUUUCAUGUAUAGCAUUUUUUCUGUAAGCAAAUGUUGUGUAGUUGAUGCAUUAAAAAGUUGUUUCUUGAUAUUUUAUUUGUAGUUUUUCAUAAUAAAAUUAGAAAAAUUGAAAAAAAUUAAGAAAAACGAAAAAAUUUACACAAUAAUAGUUUUCAUAAUUAAAUAAAUAAAUAAUCGUAAAGACAUAAAAUUUUCAAGAAAUACUUAUAUUAGCCUUUUUCUAAAAGUGGCAAAAUGUAUAAGAAUUUGAGUAUUUUGAGUUCUUUUAGUUUUUAUUUGAUUUUAUGUGAAUUAUAUUGUUUUUUUUUAGUAGAAUUUCUUGAAAAUUUAACACGAGUUUCAUGGUAAGUUGUAGGAAGUAGCUAAAAAAAAAAAAAAAUGAGCGAAAAAUAGUAUUUUUUUUUUUAUAAGUGUUUAAACCGUGUUAAAUUAAAAAUCACAAAAUUUUAAGCCAUGUUUAACUGAACUCCACUCAAAAUCAAGCUUUGUUAGCAAUAUGUGUACAGAAUUACAGAUACAAAUUAAAUUAUUCUAUUUAUCCUACCUUUCUAACUUUCCACCUAGAACAGUGGUAAGUCUAUCGACAGUAUUAGCUAUUUUUUUUACUUUAUACUAGGCCAGAUUAUGAGAGAAAAAGACAACAGCUAAUUGUUGAAGGUGCAGAAAAUGCUAAAGCAUUACUGGAUGUUGAAAAUUCUAUUUUACAUAUACUUUCAGCACCCGGAAAUAUUUUAGAAGACGAAGAUGCUGUUGACAUUUUAGACAAUUCCAAGGUAAUUAAAUAAUAAAAUAGUAUAAACUAGAUUAUUUGACCACGUUAUUAUGGCCAUUAUUAUUUUUAUUCACCAUUAGAUAUUAGCUGAACAAAUUAAACAAAAACAAGCUGCAUCAGUGGAAACUGUUGCGGUUAUUGAUCAAUUUAGAUUACAGUAUAAACCAGUUGCAAAACACUGUUCUAUACUCUACUACUGCAUAACUGAUUUGCCUAAUCUUGAUCCAAUGUAUCAGUACUCUUUAAACUGGUUUAUCAAUAUAUUUAUCAUGACGAUUGAAACUGCGUAAGUAACCGUUUAUUUAAACUAAAAUAACAUUACUUUUUUGUAUUUUAAAUACAAUCAUAAGUAUUGUUUAAUUAUACAUUUAAUAUAGAUAAAUCUUAAAACCAGGCUUUGGGAACUUUGAAUAUUUUGCUGCAAUAUUACACUACAUAUAAUAUACCGGAUGAUUAAUUUAAGUGGGUAUCUUCAUUCCACUUAUUCCACUUUUAAGUUUAGGUUGAAGGGGAAUGUAGUGAAGUAUCAUUUGUGUGGCGGUACGGUGCGUGGAAAAAGUGAAAUACCUCGUUAGCGGGUUGAUGGAAAUUGAAAAUUUUAACAGAAAAAUUGAUUUAAAUUAAUACUCCAUCUACUUAUGUAAUUUUAAAUAUAGAUUGCUCUUUUACAAUCAAAAUUAAUUAAUAGUUUCACCUUUUAAAAUGUACGAUACCAGGAAAAAGCUAGAAAAGUCACUUUUUUCCAAAUAGGCGACAUUGGUAUCAAACGAUUUGUAUUGAUAUUCUGUAUCUUUUGUGCGAUCAAAACGGCGAAAAAUCAAAUUACUUAAAAGUAAUAAGCACCAAGAGUUUAGGCCUUUAGAAAAAAAUAAUAGGUUAGUCAACUAAUAGGAAAAAAUAACUGGCGGAUUAAUACACGAAUAUAGCAGUGGGUAAUAAUAAUAUUCUAGUAUAUUAUACUAUGGUAUUAUUAUGUUGUGGUUACUUCAUUUAAAAGUUUAACAUUUAAUUUAAUUAGUUUUCUGGUUCUUUCAGUGUACCCUUCUAAUAAGAGUGAAAAAAAAAAUUGUUAUGUCACAUUUUAAUUUUAAGUUGAGUGUUUCACGUUAUAUUGAUCAUCCUAUAGAAUAGUAUACGAAUUUUAUAGAGAAGCAAUAAAAACAAAUGUACUCAGAAAAAGUCAUAGAAGCAAGUGAUACCAAUCCUACUGUUCUUCGAUGCUCCUUUUCCGAAUGAUACUAUCAGUCUUGAUACUUUUUGAUUAGCCCUCGUACAUACUACACAGUUAAAACAAAAAUAAAAAAUACCCAAAUUCAUAAACUAAAAUUGUUUUCACAAAAAAAUAAUUAAUUUUUUCUUUUCAUUAUCUAGGUACUUAUUAGUACAUAUUAGUAGUAUAAUAUUAAUACAUAAUAAUAUUAAAUGUAUGACGUAAUGUAAGAAAAGUAAAAAAUUUAACAUUAUCGGUUUAGAAAUAGAUCGAGUAUACUCCAUAUAAGGCUGGAAGCUUUAAACAAUUCGUUUACUUAUAAUUUAUAUUCCAACGUAUGCCGAUCAUUGUUUGAAAAGGAUAAGACAUUAUUUUCAUUAAUUAUGUGCACUACAAUAAUGCUGUAAGUGACAAUUAAUUAUAAUUUAAUUAUUUUUGUUUUUGUGGUUUCUUAAUGUAUUUGUUAUUAAAGUGCUGAAAAAAAAAUUGACAAAGAAGAGUUGAUGUUUCUUUUAACUGGUGGUGUAGGUCUGAAAAACAGUAUUCCUAACCCAGUACCUGACUGGCUACUCGAUAAAUCUUGGGAUGAAAUGUGUCGUUUGAAUGAAUUAAAAACAUACCACGGUAUACCUAUUUAAUAACAGCUAAUAACAAGCAUUUGAUAAAUUAAAAUAGGUACCUAUAUCGCGUUUAAAUAUUUUUUUAGGCAUAAAAGAUGAUUUUAUCCGAGAAAUAAAUGAUUGGAAAAAAUACUAUGAUCUUAAUAAUCACGAAAAUUCAAAAUUUCCUAGUCCGUGGCAUGAUAAAUUAAGCGAUUUCCAACGUAUCCUCGUUGUUCGCGUCAUUAGACCCGAUAAAGUCAUACCUGUAAUUUUAAAAUUAAUCAAAACAGAACUUGGAGAAAGGUUCAUUAACCCACCACCAUUCGACAUAAAAAAAUCUUACAAUGACUCAUUUUGUCUAAGUCCGCUUAUAUUUAUCCUCUCGCCUGGAGCAGAUCCCAUGGCAAAUUUGUUACAGUUUGCCGAAAAAAUGGGUUUGGAUGAUACUCUGCAAAGCGUUUCAUUGGGCCAGGGACAAGUAAAUAUAAAUCAAUAAACUAUUAAAGAUAACUUAAAAAUACGAACAUUUAUUUAGGGUCCCAUAGCCGAAUUAUUAAUACAAAACGCACAGAAAACGGGAAAUUGGGUUUGUUUGCAAAAUUGUCAUUUAGCUACGUCAUGGAUGGGACAGUUAGAAGCUAUCUGUGACUCAUUUGAUAUAUCUACCGUGAACAGUAAAUUCAGAUUGUGGUUGACCAGCUACCCAUCAAGCCAAGUAUAUUGAAAUCCGAUUUAUUAUGUUCUUACUCUGCUUUAUCGGUUAAAUUGAAAAAAAAAAAAAAUUAAUUCAAAUUUUCAGUUUCCGAUUUCCUUGCUUCAAAAUGGAGUUAAAAUGACUAACGAGCCUCCAACGGGCUUGCAAGCAAAUAUGCUCAGAAGUUAUCAAUCUUAUCCUGUGACAGACGAAAAGUUUUUCGAAGGUUGUUUAGGCAAAGAACGAAUAUUUACAAAAAUGUUGUACGGAAUUACGUUUUUUCAUGCAAUCGUGUUAGAGCGAAAAAAAUUCGGGUCUAUAGGAUGGAACAUACCUUAUGGAUUCAAUGAAUCCGAUUAUCUAAUUUCCAUACAACAACUACAAGUACGUAUCACAUAAUACAUGUCGAAUACCUAAUACCUGUAUAGCAUAUACUACAUUAUAUAGGAAUUAAAAUGAGUGAUAAAUUAAUAUUAAUAUUAAAUUAGUAUUAUUUAUUUUUAGAUAUAUAUCAACGAGUUUAACGAAAUACCUUACGAAGCGGUUACAUAUUUGACUGGAGAAUGUAAUUACGGUGGUCGAGUGACUGACAGCUGGGAUAGACGGACGUUGACCACAAUUCUGGACAUAUUCUGUUGUCCUAAAGUAGUCGAUGAUCCGCAUUAUUUGUUUUGUGAUAUCAGUCCAAAAUACGGAAUCCCAUUUCGGACCGCCCAUCGCGAUUUUAUAAAACAAAUCGAAGUAUUUAUUUAUUUUAUAUGUUUAUCAUAUUUACGCAUAUGAUAUAAUAAUAAAUAAACAUGUUUUCAAAUUUAUGUACUUAUAAUUAUUUUGUCACAGGGGAUUCCGGCAGUCCCUAGUCCGGAGGUGUUUGGAUUACAUAUGAAUUCAGGAAUCACUCGAGAUUUACAAAGCACUUUGCAGUUGUUUGAUUCGUUUGUGUCGGUAAUGGAAACCAGUAGUGGUGGCACAAGUGAUUCCAGCAGUAGCGACAAUUUUCUGCUGGCGAUUGCGGCGGACAUACUCGACAAGCUUCCCAAAAAUUUUGACAUAGAAACAGUUGCGAUCAAAUAUCCGGUCAUGUAUACAGAGUCCAUGAACACGGUUCUGGUCCAAGAAAUGGAACGUUUCAACGUAUUGUUAUCAGUGAUUCGAAAAAGUCUACAGGACUUGACGAAAGCCAUUAAAGGCUUUAUCGUUAUGACUCCUGAACUAGAAACUAUGUCGAUUUCGUUGACAGUGGCCAAGUACCCAAUGCUUUGGUCAAAAUAUGCUUAUCCCAGUCUCAAUUCCCUAGGCGGAUUUGUUAUCAAUUUUAUCGACAGACUAGAUUUCUUACAGGUAUAUAAUAUAGUGAUGCGUUUAUUCUGUUUCGUUGUUAAACAAUUUAUAAUCGUUUAUGACUAUGUUGUAUUAUACUGUAAUUUAUACGCGGUGAAUAAUCAUGAAAAAAUAUUAAUAAUAAACCAAAAACUACAUAUAACAGAACUCGAUACUUAUGUUCAAACGUUAUUACAUAUUGUGUACUUACCUCAAAAAUGUAAUGAUUGCCUAUAGUAGUUAUGUCGGCGGUCUAUUAUCAUUGAGUGUCGAGUAUUUUCAUUAAUUUAUAGUAUUGAUUGUAGUAAGAGAGGUUUUAGUUAUAUUAGGUUUAAAUAAGAGGAAGCAAUAUUAACGAGGUCCCUCCCUAACUGGCGAUGACAAUAAGAAAACGGUUGACAAUAAUGUUUAUCGAUAGAACAUCAACUGUUGUUUUUUAUUAUUAUUUAUAUAUUUAAUUUUGUUUUAGGUAUGGUUUGAAAACGGCAAACCCAACAAUUUUUGGCUAAGUGGAUUUUUUUUUACACAAGCAUUUCUUACCGGGGCAAUGCAAAAUUUUGCUCGCCGUUACAUGAUACCCAUAGAUCAGCUAUGUUUCGAUUUCCAAGUUCAAAAAACUGACAGGAUUAAAUCACCACCCCGAGACGGAGUUUACUGUUACGGUUUAUUCGUAGACGGUGCACGUUGGGAUAGAUCUCAGUAUGUUAUCACUAGAAAAUAUAUUUAUUGGACGCGUUUAUUAAAUUUUAAGUUAAGAAAGGAAUUUAGAUUGUGAAUAUUGAUUGUACCAUGGCGUUUGAUUAUUUUAUUUUUUGCGUGCCCAUAAACACGAUAUUUUGACCAGAAAGACUUUAUAGACUACAUAUUAUAUAUACCACUGUUAAACUGUCUUAGAGUAGUAGCCGUUUCUUUAUUUGUUAAUGUUUUCCAGUAAAAAAAAUAAUAUCGUUUAAAUUUUCACUAAAUAUUUUUAAUUUGAACAUUUUUUUUUUAGUUAUUUAUAGCCAUUGGAAUUUUUGAUUUACAGUAGUAGAAUUUUUUUAAAAUAUGAUAUUUUUCCACUGAUUAACAAUUUGUUUGCAUUAAAAUUAUAGAAUGAUACUCAAUGAACAACUACCCAAAGUAUUGACAGAUGUACUACCAUUGGUGUGGUUCAUACCGUUAAAGAAGACGAAAUUAAAACAAGACAACCGAUACACGUGCCCUGUGUAUAAGACGUCCGAAAGAAAAGGGGUAUUAUCAACGACUGGCCAUUCCACUAAUUACGUUCUGCCUAUGUUUCUAAACACCAAAAAAAAACCUUCACAUUGGGUCUACCGAGGAGUGGCACUGUUGUGUCAGCUAAACGAUUAA